AUAUAUAGAUACGAAAUUAGCUUAUUUCAGAAAUUAUUAUAUUUAUAGGUAACUAGUAAACAUGGAACAAGAAUAUCACCGACUAGAGGCUAAUAUUGAUCAUGAGAACACCAAUAAGGAAUAUGCUCCUCCUGCUUCUGCUCACAUCAUCGGCCUUGAUUCAUGGCAACAAGUUGGGUUGAUGUUGGUGACAAGCUUAAACUGUGGAUACGUUUUGAGUUUUUCAAAUCUAAUGUUAGUGCCUUUGGGUUGGAAAUGGGGUAUCACAUGCUUGCUUGUUGUGGGAUUUUACUCUGCCUAUGCUAAUUGGCUUCUAGCAUCAUUUCACUAUAUCAAUGGCCAAAGAUUCAUCAGAUACAGAGAUCUUAUGGGCUACGUUUAUGGUGAAAAAAUGUAUUACAUCACUUGGGUUUUACAAUUUAUGGUUCUUACUCUUGGUAACAUGGGUUUCAUUCUCUUUGGUGGAGAAGCACUUAAGGAAGUUAAUUCAAUACUCAGUGACCAUCCCUUUAGGCUGCAGUAUUUCAUAAUCAUCAGUGGUUUGGGGUUCUUCAUGUUUGCCUUUUUUAUCCCAACAAUGUCUGCCAUGAGAGCUUGGAUUAGAGCCUCUACUGUUAUCACCUUCUCAUACACUAUCAUCCUUUUGGUGUUGAUGAUUAAAGAAGGGAAAACAAAUUCGGCAAAAAACAGUUAUGAGAUACCCGGAAGCAAAGUUGGGAAGGUGUUCAAUGGCUUUGGUGCAAUUUCAGCCAUUGUUGCUUGUAACACUACUGGUGUGUUACCAGAGAUACAGUCUACUCUGAGGGAACCAGCUGUGAAAAACAUGAGAAAAGCAAUUGGCUUACAGUAUAGUUUGGGACUCGUAUUCUACUAUGGUGUAAGCAUUGUUGGAUACUGGGCUUAUGGCUCUGAGGUAUCUGAAUACCUUCCCAAAGAGCUUAAAGGUCCAAAUUGGAUUAAAGUCCUUAUCAAUCUUGCUGUCUUUCUUCAAACAAUUGUGUCCCAACAUAUGUAUGUGACACCUAUUCAUGAGACACUGGACACCAAUUUCCUCCAACUCGAAGAGAGCAUUCACUCGAAAGAGAACAUCAAACGCAGAAUUUUUCUUCGAUUCGCCUUCUUCGCAGGGAACACAUUUGUGGUAACAGCCUUGCCUUUCAUGGGCAACUUUGUGAAUCUAUUCGGUUCACUAGCACUCAUUCCAGUUACCUUUGUGUUUCCAAGCAUGAUUUUUCUCAAGGUAAAGGGAAAGACAUCAAGAAUUGAAAACAACAUGUGGCAUUGUUUCAAUGCUGUUCUUUUUUCUCUUCUAGCAGUUGUGUCAACUAUUUCUGCACUUCGGUUAAUAGUAAAUAAUGUUAGGCAAUACCAUUUUUUUGCUGAUUCAUGACUCGUAUAUAUGAGACAUUAUAUAAAUAAUAUAUAAAAUGUAAACAUUUUAUUAUUUUGAUUAAAGUCAAUUAAUAAAAUGUAUAAUUAUAAUUAAUUCUACCACAACACCCACUUGCAUCAAUUUUAUAAUCCACACUGCCCCGUCUCCAUCCAUCUAAUGUAUAAUAAUUAGAAAUUUUCCUUUUCUUAA